AGAGUGAGCGUCUCUCUCACUCUCUCCAAGUCGUUAAGUCUGAGAGCGGAGGAGGAAGAGAAGACAGAGAGACCGGGGGAGGUCUGACGACACUGACCCAGCUUUUCCCGGCAUCUAUUUUAAAUGCACAGAUUGAUAAAUGCGAGCGCACAGUCUGCAUCUGGCUGUGGUCUCCUGGAGGGACAUCAAGACUGAGACCCCGAGCUGUCACUGUGCGAGAGAUGUGUGCAACUUAUCCUGCCAGGACAAGAACUUGAAGGAUACUUUUGGAAAGCUAGCAUGUGUAUCUAUCCAUGGUGGGAGUAGAAUUCAAUGCUGGAGGUCCCUUGUAAGAAUGGAUGACGCAUGCUCUUCACUCGUGGUGUCUGAUCCGGCUUUAAAGAGGAGAAGGAGCAACUAAAGACACAACAACUUACCAGACUUCACCUGCAACUUUCACCCAAAGCUGAUAUGAUGCUUUUGUGUAACUUUGGCCGCCGGUUGCUGUCUUUAACAGCACUUCUGGUGAUUGUGAGCUGCGGAGGAGGGGAGCAGAGGAGAGGAGCGGACAGCAGCAGCAGCAGCAGCACAGGUGGCGGCAGCAGCAGCAGCAGUAGUGGAGGAAGCAGUAGCAAUAAUUACAGCAGCAGCAGACGCUUCCAUAAGAUCCAGCAUGGCCAGUGCACCUACACCUUCAUCCUACCUGAGGGAGAGGGAGGCAGAGGAGGCUCAUGCAGGGAGGCCAAAGCUGGGAGCACACCACAGCAGAACGCCAACUCCCUCCAGAGGGAUGCACCACCACCUGAGGCGGACUUCCCCAGCCAGAAGAUCCAGCAGCUUGAGCACAUUAUGGAGAACUAUACGCAGUGGCUGCAGAAGAUUGAGAACUACAUCAAGGAGAGCAUGAAGACAGAAAUGGCUCAACUGCAGCAGAGCGCCGUCCACAACCACACAGCAGCAAUGUUGGAAAUGGGCACUAACCUUCUCUCUCAGACAGCUGCUCAGACACGCAAACUAACUGAUGUCGAGACACAGGUCCUGAAUCAAACAUCCAGGCUGGAGAUCCAGCUGCUGGAAAAUUCUCUUUCCACUAACAAGCUGGAGAAAGAGUUAAUGGUCCAGACCAAUGAGAUCAGCAAGCUGCAUGACAAGAACAGCCUCCUGGAGCAGAAAAUGCUAGAAAUGGAGAUGCGACACCGUGAAGAACUGGAGUCGCUGAAGCAGGAGAAGGGGAGUCUACAGACUCUUGUGGGAAGCCAGAGCGGGGUUAUCAGGGAGCUGGAAGCUCAGCUGAGCCGCGCCACAGGGAACAGCACAGCCCUGCAGAGACAGCAGCAGGAGAUGAUGGAUACCGUCCAUAAUCUGCUUAACCUCUGCUCUAAAGAUGGAGUUGUGCCAAACAGCACAAAGGUGGCAGAUGAAGAGAAGAAGUUCCGUGACUGUGCUGACCUCUACCAGGCCGGCAUCAAUAAGAAUGGAGUCUACACCAUCCAGAUCAACCCACAGGAGACCAAAAAGGUGUACUGUAACAUGGAAACAGCCGGCGGUGGAUGGACGGUCAUCCAGCGCAGAGAAGACGGCAGUGUUGACUUUCAGAGAACAUGGAAAGAGUACAAGACGGGUUUUGGGAGCCUCUCUGCAGAGCACUGGUUGGGGAACGAGUAUGUCUACCAGCUAACCAGCAAUAGGCAGUACGCCCUCCGUGUGGUGCUGACAGACUGGGACGGACACCAGGCUUUCUCAUUGUAUGACCGUUUCCAGAUUGGCAGUGAGAAGCAGAACUACAGGCUGUUUCUGAAAAGUCACAGUGGGACUGCCGGCAGACAGAGCAGUCUGGUAAUCCAUGGGGCAGAUUUCAGCACCAAGGACAUGGACAAUGACAACUGCAUGUGCAAAUGCGCUCUCAUGCUAACUGGUGGUUGGUGGUUUGAUGCCUGUGGCCCGUCCAACCUCAAUGGCAUGUACUUCACCCAAGGACAACACGUAGGGAAGUUGAACGGUAUCAAGUGGCACUACUUCAAGGGUCCCAGCUACUCGCUACGAGCCACCGUCAUGAUGAUCCGCCCCUUGGACUUCUCCUAGUCCUUUGAACUCGUGAACUUUUUAGCAUCUAAAGUGCUAUGUAUGUAGCACAUUAGAGAGACGCUUCCCAUUUUAUCCUCGUGUCUCAUCUCAAUUCGCUGGCCAUGGGAGUCGUCCUAUAAAUCAUUUUGUUCAACGUGCUUCUUCCCCAGAGCAACUGUACCGCUGCUGCUGCUGCUGCAUUAUAACCUUUCCCCUCCAUAGACUGACAAACACUCAUGCAGGAGGAGGGGGGACGGGGUGGGGAGACGGAGCAAUGACAGGAUUCUGUCCCAAGGCACAUUUAUAAACUUCAACUUGUUUGAGGGAGAAUGCAUUCAGUUGCCUUUUCUCACGCCUGGAUUUUUAAGCUUGCUAUUUGCCGGCUUGUAACCCCAAUUUCCAUUUUUCUGGGGAACUGUGUCGUGAAAGUACGGAGAACUUGAGCUCUCAGCAGCGAUCAAAGAGGUGCACUGACUCUGAAACUGCAGGACAGAACUUCUCUGGAACAGGAGACUUUUUUUUUUUACUGAAAUGUUGCUCCCAGAAUGCAGCCCAUAAUAAAUAAUCUGAUUGUAUUAAA